AUGUACCAGUUUUCUAUGCCAAACAUUUAAAUUGGCGGAGCUAAUAUAUUAAAUAACCCUAACUAGCAAUCUAUAAACGGAGUUAGCAAUUAAAACGGAUAAGUAAAGAUUAUUGGAAAUUAUUCAUAUAAUCUGAGACAUUGCUUAGGUGAAGGAGCUUAUGGAAAAGUUUAUGAAGGUGUCGAGAAGAAUACACAGUAAACAGUAGCAAUUAAAAAAUUAGAUAUUAGACAGUUUUAGAAUGAUAAUUAUUUAAGAAACUCUAUAAUUAGUGAAAUUGAAAUUCUCAAGCGAUUCAAUCAUAAAAAUAUUGUUAAGUUUAUUGAUUUAAUCACAACUUAACGAUCAUUAUAUAUAAUAACUGAGUUUUGUAAAGAUAAAGAUCUGCGUUUCUUAAUCUAGAAUAAGAGAUUAACAGAAAAUCAAGCUUUGCAUGUACUCAGAGAUAUAGUUGAAGGAUUUAAAGAAUUAGUUAAGCAUAAUGUCAUUCAUAGAGACUUAAAGCCAGCAAAUAUCUUAAUUAAUGACUAAGUUUUUAAAAUUGCAGACUUUGGUUUUGCUAAGUAUGUUGACUAUUCUUCUGCCUAGCUAUUAAGAAGUUGUGUAGGUUCUCCUCUUUAUAUGGCUCCAUAGAUUUUAGCCCGUAAAGCUUACGGUCUUAAAAGUGAUAUAUGGUCUAUCGGUGUCAUUUUCCAUGAAAUGGUAUAUUAGGAUGUGCCUUGGAAGGCUCGUGAUGAAAGAGAACUUCUCAACAAUAUAAUGAGAUAACCAUUCAAACUUAGAAAAAACGUUAAGCUAUAAACAAUAAGUGAAGAGAUAUUACGUAGAACUUUAGUAAUAGAAGAAAAAGACAGAAUCUCUUGGGAUGAAUUGUUUAAAAUGUUUGAUUAAUAUGAUGCCUAGAACAGAAAUAUCCCUAACCCAUUUGGCCCUAGUAUUUCCAACAAAGAAAAUGCAUUCCCAUUAAAACUAGGAUCAGCUGCAAAUAUAAUGCAACCUGCAACAAGUAAUAAUAAUAUAUCUUAACCUAAUAAAUAACUCAAGAAAUCUAUUUUUGAUAAUAAUAAUUAAGCUGCCUAAAAAGUUGUGGUUCCUGCUACCUAAAAUCCUAUAAAUAAUGCAAAUAUUAAGCGAUAAGCAAGCCUCCCUACUAAUAAUUUAGUUAAUGGAUAGAUUGGAGUAGCUAAUAACAGGUAGUAUGAAGUUAAAAAAAUAUUUAUGAUGAUUAACAAUAACCGUUAAUAGGUUGCUUUUAAGCAUUUUGUUUGUGUUGAUCUAUUCAGCAAAAUUAAAAAGAACACUCAAUUCAUGAAUAACUAGUAGUUGGAUUACUAAAAAUUGAUAUUGUGCAUAGCUGCUUCAGUGAAGUUAGACAUGUAGCAACUCUUGAUAGAACUUAAUGAAAAUGAAAAUGCAAACAAAGAUCUAUUUAGCAAUGCAAAAGAAUUGAAGGCUCUCUCCCAGACAAUUAAAAAAGAAUAAGAAUUUUAUAAAGUGUUCGUUGAUGAGUUCCUUUAGUAUAUUCGCAAUGCAAAUUACAUUGAGUAAUUAAAGAACGACAAAGAGGUUUCCUUUAUAUUCUAAAAGGAUGCUUCUCUCAACGAAUUUACAGAUUAAGAUAAGCAAAGAGUUGAUGAUUUUAUAAGUAGUCUAGGAAAUAAAGUUUCAAAAGAAAUACUAAGUAGCAUAAAAAAUAUAAUAGGCAAUAAACAAUCAUCACAAGAACUUGAAUAAUAUAGACCAUAUAUUGUUUCUGCAGAAUAUAUUUUAGAUGUUAUUGAAAAUAAAAAGAAACACUAAAAAGGAUAAGAAGUCUUUUUCGAUUAACUUCAUUUGUAGAAAUCAGAACAUUCUUGUGUAAAAGUGCAUCUUGAUAAAGUCAACAACAAGAUCAGCAUUUUUGGGUUCAAUUUACUUCCUUGA